GCGCCGCCACCGACGCCCCGAAGAGGAAGAGGAAAAGGGGGAGGAGCGGGGCUGGCGGAACGCCCUACUACUGGGAAACUGAGGCACGCCCAAACACCAGGUCUUCCCUGUGCUCUCCGCUAACCCACUAGAGAGCCGGCCUGGAAAGAACUACAUUUCCCGUCGACCUCUGCGCUCUACACCAGGACCGUCUUCCUUCCGGCCUGAAGCCUUCUACUCCUAGGGUCGUACCAGUUUCCGCCCCGCUGCCCCUCAGGCCUCCCCCUAGAGGGCGUAGCUCUCGCGCCAUCGUGAGACCUAUUGGCUCUUCGGCACCACUAGGGCGUGGCUACGGGACCCGGGCGGGUCCAUUCCGAACAGCGGCUGAGGCGUUCGCGGUGGUGGCGUCGAAGCAUGCACGCGGCAGGUUUGGCGGCGCCGGCGGGGACGCCCCGGCUGCGUAAGUGGCCCUCAAAGCGGAGGGUCCCGGUAUCCCAGCCAGGCAUGGCUGAUCCCCACCAGUUUUUCGACGAUACAAGUUCCACCCCGAGUCGGGGCUAUGGAGGCCAGCCGUCACCUGGUGGUCUGGGUUACCCCUCCCCUUCCUCCUCUCCUGAGACAGCCUUCUUGGCUAACCCUAUGUCCAACAUGGCGAUGGCCUAUGGGAGCAGCCUGGCCGCUCAGGGCAAGGAGCUGGUGGACAAGAAUAUUGACCGCUUCAUCCCCGUCACCAAGCUGAAGUAUUACUUCGCUGUGGACACCGUGUACGUGGGCAGGAAGCUGGGCCUGCUCGUCUUUCCCUACCUACACCAGGACUGGGAGGUACAAUACCAGCAGGACACCCCAGUGGCCCCCCGCUUUGACAUCAACGCUCCAGACCUCUACAUUCCAGCCAUGGCUUUCAUCACCUACAUCCUGGUAGCCGGCCUUGCACUGGGAACCCAGGACAGGUUCUCCCCAGACCUCCUGGGACUGCAGGCGAGCUCGGCACUGGCCUGGCUGACCCUGGAGGUUGUAGCCAUCCUGCUCAGUCUCUACCUGGUCACUGUCAACACCGACCUCACCACCAUUGACCUGGUGGCCUUCUUGGGCUACAAAUAUGUCGGGAUGAUUGGUGGGGUCCUCAUGGGUCUGCUCUUUGGAAAGAUUGGCUACUACCUCAUGCUUGGCUGGUGCUGUGUGUCCAUCUUUGUGUUCAUGAUCCGGACACUGCGGCUCAAGAUCCUGGCCCAGGCGGCGGCCGAAGGGGUACCGGUGCGUGGGGCGCGGAACCAGCUGCGCAUGUACCUGACCAUGGCGGUGGCGGCCGCGCAGCCGCUGCUCAUGUACUGGCUCACCUUCCACCUGGUACGAUGAGCGGCCAGCCUCGCCUUCCGCUGCCACAUUCAUCUCAGCCGACCCGGGCCCCGUCUCCAGGCCCGUGCCCCUCCCUCCCAGCCAAGGUGCUCUUGUCGCCAGCUGCACACCCACAACAAUAAACCUGAUGGGCUCA